AUGUGCGCAAAGAAGGGCAGUAAGUGCGAGUGGCCGAACAACUGGAGAGAGCCACAGACUGUCAACAGUUUUGCUCUGGACUCGAGUUCCGAAUCCUCAGGUUCGAGCCUCCAAGCCGGGGCUCAUAACCGGGGGAAACGGUUGUUGGUUUGCGGAUCGACAACUCAGCCAGGCGCUGAAGCCGAGAAGUCUGAGAAGACACUUGACACCAACAUUUCGUUUUCUGGACCAGCGCCCCUACAAGCAGCAGACAAGACAACUCCCGAAGACAUCAACUGCGGCACAGGACAUAUUCAAGCAUCGCCGACUUUCUCACACGUACCACUUGUCUUUGAGUCCACAUUGAACUCUGACAACACGGACUUUCAACUUCUUUUCCAGUACUUCAUCGGGCGGUCAUUGCCUUCCAUGUCUGUGGAUAAUGUCGACACGCAACUCUACGUCAGCACGUUGGUACCGCUCAUACUCACCGACGACCUUGUCCUGCGAUCCACCCUAGCGAUGAGCAGUCUACAAUACAUGCUGAGCAAUCCCGACAGCAGCCACGCACUCAAACUCGCAAACAUGUGCUACUCCAAAGCCUUGUCCGCAAUGCGCAGCCGUGUAGCUCUCAGCGUAGAUGGGUCGCAGAUCGAUCGACCCGAGUGCCUCACCGCCGCAAGCCUCGUGCUGGCUCUGACCGAAGCGACGCGUGGCGACUCGAGCAGCAAUCACGUCGAUUUUGCAAGUCACGUCCUCCAGAACAUGCCCGACUCUGCGCGACUGAGCAUGGAUCAGAAACUGUACAGGAAUCUCAUCAGAGUCUGCAUGUAUCUGCGCAUCGAUAGCUCAGUCGUGGAGCUCCCGACUGCAAUGACUGCCACGAAGCUGGUCCGACAGAGGGAUAUGCCUACACUCUGCUCUCAUCUUUGGGAAGCCGAGAACAGAGCCACGGCAUCGGAACUGAGCGAGGAGUGCGGGCUCUUCCAGACCCCAUUCAUCACUGGAUUGUUGACGAUACCACACCUGGCUCGCCUUCAGGCCACGCCGGAAACCGUGGUCGAUAAGGAAGCUCGGAUUGCACAGCUUUCGGCGAUCGAGAUGCAGAUCAUGUCUUGGGAGCCUGCGCUGCCCAAGACCGGCCAGCGCGUUCGACAGGUGUGGACGUUGUGGCGAUUGGCCAUGCUGCUGCUGCUCUACGAAUCGCCGGUCGACGGGACAUUCUGGAAGCCGUCGAGACGAGACGACUGUCUCGAGUCCUUCAUGAAAGAGCUGAAACUGGUCCCCAAGGGCCAUGAGAGCUUUGGAGUGAUGAUGUGGCCGAUGUUGAUGGCGGGAUCCUGCGCUCAGUCACCUGAACACAGAGACAUGAUCCAGGACCUGUUGACGCAGGCGUGCGAACCACUUGCUGCACAGCUGCCGGCUGUGGUUGCAAAUGUGAUUCAGUCAAUAUGGGAUGCUCACUCAGGGGAUGCGCAGUCUGCCGCACACUCUCAGCCGAUUGAUCCUAUGGUGAUUGAUCCGCGGCUCACUUCACCCGUCUCAUCGUCGGAAACAACGAAGAGGAGUGGUGAGUGA